AUGUCUCCAUCCAGGGUGUCCGGUGAGUCUAACGGGUACCGGCUGCACAUUUCCGGGUAUUCAGGCACCGCGGGAGACUCCAUGACUGGCCUGUCCUCCAACAACGGGCAGAGGUUCUCCACUGUGGACAGGGACAAUGAUGCCUAUAGGGGUGUCCAUUGUUCCCAGCAGCUCGGAGAGGCCGGCUGGUGGUUUGAGGCCUGCGGCCUGUCCUACCUCAACGGCCGCUACCUGGGCAACUGUGGGUACUCCUGUCUGUACCUGCAAGGUGUGGUGUGGUACCCCUGGAGAAACGGGAGAUACUCCCUGAAGUCUGUGUCUAUGAAAAUCAGGCCAGCUGCAAACCCACAGGUCACACCUGAGGCUCCACAAGUCACACCAGAAGUCACACCUGUGGUAACCACGACUACAGCUCCUCCCACAGAGGUGGACUGUUCUGCACUGCAUGCUUCUGGACAGACGACCAGUGGAGUCUACACCCUCACCUCCGGAGUACAGGCCUACUGUGAUAUGGAGACAGCAGGAGGCGGGUGGACUGUGAUCCAGCGGCGGCAGGACGGGUCGGUUCCCUUCAACCGGACCUGGGAGGAGUACAAACUGGGCUUUGGGAACCUGAGCGGGGAGUACUGGCUGGGGAACGACAACAUCCACCUGCUGACCAGUCAGACGGAUUAUACCCUGCGUGUAGACUUGGUGGAUUAUAGCGGGUUUGACUUAUAUAAUACAGCUUACGAAGAGUACAGCUCCUUCAGGGUGUCCAGUGAGUCGGACCAGUACCGGCUGCACAUUUCCGGCUAUUCGGGCACCGCGGGGAACAGCAUGAGGACUAACGACGGGUGGUGGUUCUCUACUUUGGACAGGGACAACGAUAUCGACAGACUCCAUUGUUCCCAGUGGCACGGUCAGGCCGGCUGGUGGUUUAGAGGUUAUAAGUGCACCGACUCCAACCUGAACGGCCGCUACCUGGGCGACUGUGUGGGCUACUGGUGCCAAGUCUUGGAAGGCAUGUUUUGGUACACCUGGAGACACAGGAUUCGAUCCCUGAAGGCUUCGUCUAUGAAAAUCAGGCCAAAUUGAUUACUGCAUUUGCUCUAACUACAUCUGAUCACACCCAGUUAUCAGAAAUUGCUUAAUCCAACAUAAAUUUAGUCUACAAUGCUGACAAGUAACAUUCUCUAUUAUAGGGGUUUUGUUUGGUACAAACAACAUAUGGUGAGUGUCAGAACUUCCAGACUUUGUGCCCUCUUUAGCAACAAGAGCUGUGAGAAAUAUUAGGGCAUUGCUGUCAUUGUCGCAGCAAAACCGUGUAAUGUUUUGUUAAAACAUCGCAACAUGUCGCCAUCGACCGUCAUGAACUAUCUUGGAAUAAAACUUGCAACCAAAG